GGCAACUUAGAAGACCAGGUUGUUCAAACCAAUCCUGUUCUGGAAGCUUUUGGUAACGCCAAGACUGUGCGUAAUGAUAACUCUUCACGUUUCGGUAAGUUCAUUCGUAUCCACUUUGGCGGUAUGGGCAAGUUGGCCGGAGCAGAUAUUGAAACAUAUUUGCUGGAGAAGGCUCGUGUGAUUUCACAACAAGCUGCUGAACGUUCUUAUCACAUAUUUUAUCAAAUGAUGUCCGAGGGUAUCCCUGGAACAAGAGAAAAACUUCUUCUUUCUAACGACAUCUAUGACUACCAUUUUGUGUCCCAGGGAAAGACAGAUAUCCCUAAUGUUGAUGACGGAGAAGAAAUGCGGCUGACAGACCACGCCUUUGAUGUGUUGGGUUUCACCGACGACGAGAAAGACAACAUUCAUAGGAUCGUUGCUGCUGUCAUGCAUUUGGGUGAAAUGAAGUUUAAACAAAGACCCCGAGAAGAACAGGCCGAGGCUGACGGGACUGCAGAAGGUGAACGGGUGGGGCAUCUGUUGGGUGUAAACCCUGCAGAUCUGUACAAAAACUUUUUGAAACCGAAGAUCAGGGUCGGAAACGAAUUGGUAACUCAGGGCAGAAAUAAAGACCAGGUGAGAAAUGACUUCAUUUCAUUAUACAAAGUCAGUACAUAA